AGAGGUAUUGUGGGCCUUUCCUCCAAUUUUGAAUACUCCACCCUGUGGAUUCUUGCAGCCCCCUUCUAGGAGGAUGUCGGUCUGCUACCGUCCACCUGGGAAUGAGACGCUGCUGAGCUGGAAGGCCUCGCGGGCCACCGGCACCGCCUUCCUACUGCUGGCAGCACUGCUGGGACUGCCAGGCAACGGCUUCGUAGUGUGGAGCUUGGCGGGCUGGCGGCCCACGGCGGGGCGGCCGCUGGCGGCCACACUUGUGCUGCACCUGGCGCUGGCCGACGGCGCGGUGCUUCUGCUCACCCCGCUCUUUGUGGCCUUCUUGAGCGGGCAGGCGUGGCCCCUGGGCCAGGUGGGCUGCAAGGCUGUGUACUACGUGUGCGCGCUCAGCAUGUAUGCCAGCGUGCUGCUCACCGGACUGCUCAGCCUGCAGCGCUGCCUAGCUGUCACUCGGCCCUUUCUGGCUCCCAGACUGCGCAGCCCAGCCCUGGCCCGCCGCCUGCUGCUGGGGGUCUGGCUGGCCGCCCUGGUGCUCGCCGUCCCGGCCGCCGUCUACCGCCACCUCUGGGGCGAUAGUGUGUGUCAACUGUGCCACCCAUCAGCGGCGCACGCCGCUGCUCAUCUGAGCCUGGAGACCCUAACUGCUUUCGUCCUGCCUUUUGGGACAGUGCUCAGCUGCUACGGCGUGACGCUGGCGCGGUUGCGGGGCGCGCGCUGGGGCUCGGGGCGACACGGCACGCGGGUGGGUCGUCUGGUGAGCGCCAUCGUGCUGGCCUUCGGCUUGCUCUGGGCCCCCUAUCAUGCGGUCAACCUCUUGCAGGCGGUGGCUGCACUCGCUCCGCCGGAAGGGCGCCUGGCCAGGCUUGGUGGGGCUGGCCAGGCGGCGCGCGCUGGAACUACAGCCUUGGCUUUCUUCAGUUCCAGCGUCAACCCGGUCCUCUACGUCUUCACUGCGGGGGAUCUGCUGCCUCGGGCGGGGCCCCGGUUCCUUACUCGGCUCUUCGAGGGCUCUGGGGAGACCCGAGGGGGCAGCCGCUCUAGGGAGGGUACCAUGGAGCUCAGAACUGGACCUAGGCUGAAAGUAGUGGGGCAGGGCAGGGGCAAUGGAGACCCUGGAGGCGGGGGCAGGAUGGAGAAGGACUGUCAGGAAUGGUAGCCAAGACCUCAAACCUCGGGGCUUUCCUACCACUUUCCAUUGUUCCUUGAGCUCUAGGGUACUUGGGGACCUUCUCUGAUUGCAUUUUGGGUUUGUGGACAGGAUUACUCUAUAAACCCAGAUCACUCCAAACCAUGGGAUUAUGAGGGUAACUGUGGCCUGUGUUCAAAAUUGUUGCUUGCAGUACGGCCUGGAUCUAUGUGCCAGAAUUGCUGACAUGUUGCCAGUAACUAUUUUUGUGAAAUACACUGGGAAGUCAUUA